UGAGAUUUUUAAAUGUCCCGCUCUUCGCCGGGCGCAGGAGCAGCCGGCUCGACCGCCAGCACGGUGUAGGGGGCAGGCGCGGAUCCCGCCACCGCCGCGCGCUCGCCGCCGCUGCCGCCCGGCUCCCGGCCUCCGGCUCGCCCCUCCGCCCGCCUGCCUCCGGCCUCCGCGCGUGCUGCCUGCCUGUCGCGACCCGGCUUCGGGCCUCAGGUCUGACUCUGCGCCCCACGCCAUGCCGAGGGAGAGAAGUGAGAGGGAUGCCAAAGAGCCAGACGGCAUGAAGGAGGAGAGCGGCGCCGAUGUCUCUGCUCACUCCAGGAAGAGGAAGGCAAAUGUGGCCGUUUUUUUGCAAGAUCCAGAUGAAGAAAUUGACAAAAUCGACAAGCCCCCGAGAAUGGAGAGCGGCAGUCAGCCUUGGGAUGACCGUGCAGCUUCUGAGAACCCAUGCUCCCUGAUCCCCACGCCAGACAAGGAAGAGGACGAGCUGGGGUACCCGAGCUCUGCGCACAAGUCCCCCAUCGCCAGGCCAGCCCGAGCCACCCCCCUGCCUGUGCUGAACUGGGCAAACCGAGAGGAGGUUUGGAAGAUCAUGCUGAACAAAGAGAAGACGUACCUGAGGGACGAGCACUUUCUGCAGCGGCACCCUCUCCUGCAGCCGAAAAUGCGAGCAAUCCUUCUGGACUGGCUGAUGGAGGUGUGCGAGGUGUACAAGCUGCACAGAGAGACCUUCUACCUGGCGCAGGACUUCUUCGACCGCUACAUGGCGACACAGCAGGACAUUGUGAAGACACUCCUGCAGCUGGUUGGCAUCUCAUCCCUGUUCAUCGCUGCCAAGCUCGAGGAGAUCUACCCCCCCAAGCUGCACCAGUUUGCCUACGUCACAGAUGGGGCCUGUUCGGGAGACGACAUUCUCACCAUGGAGCUGAUCAUCAUGAAGGCUCUUAAGUGGCAUUUAAGCCCCCUGACCAUCGUGUCCUGGCUGAACGUGUACAUGCAGGUGGCCUACCUGAAUGACCUGUACGAGGUGCUCCUGCCUCAGUAUCCCCAGCAGGUCUUCAUCCAGAUUGUGGAGCUUUUGGAUCUCUGCGUCCUGGACAUCGGCUGCUUAGAGUUUUCCUACGGCGUCCUGGCCGCUUCCGCGCUGUACCACUUCUCCUCGUGCGAGCUGAUGCAGAAGGUCUCCGGGUUCCAGUGGAGUGACGUGGAGAAGUGCGUCAAGUGGAUGGUGCCCUUCGCCAUGGUCAUCAAGGAGACGGGCAGCUCCAAGCUGAAGCAGUUCCGGGGUGUUCCUGCCGAAGACGCCCACAACAUCCAGACUCACCUGGGCAGCUUGGACCUGCUGGACAAAGCCCAGGCGAAGAAAGCCGUGUUGUCCGAGCAAAACAGGGUUUCUCCUCCCCCGUCCGGGCUCCUCACCCCGCCGCCAAGCGGCAAGAAGCAGAGCGGCGACCAGGACGCAGCGUGACACUCCAGCCUCUUCACCAAAGACAGUCGUGCCCAGCCGCUCGCUCCCGUCCCUGCGGGCCUGCACCUGGGCGCCACCUCCGCCGCCCAGACUGGACCCGGGGAGCGUCCUCCCCCAAAGCACAGGUGCUCUGUGGUUGUCGUGGGGCAGGGAGAGGCGUUCCCACGACAUGCUCACGUUUUUUUCCUGAGUGGGUCAAGUGCACCAGCCACCUCCAGACGCCGGUGCGUGCUCCCGAUGCUGCUACGGAGGGUGCUGCUUGGCCUGACGGACACUGAGGCCGGGGCCGAGGGGCGCAUGGUGCUGCCGGCCUCCCCACGGGUGUGCUGGGUGCGUGGUGCCAUGUGGGGUAGGUGUGAGCGCCGGGCCGCCCUCCGCACUCUCAGUUGACAGUGUCCGACGCCUUCUAUGAACUGUUGUUUCCGAGUGCUGCUACGUCUGUCUGUUUUUAAUAAAGGUAACUGUCCUCGAGACAGCUGGUUUCAUGA